GAGCUCCUGAAUGGGUGGAGAAGAUCAGCAGCUCGGAGAGAGACAUCGGAGGCGAUUACAUCAUGUCCUGUCUGGCCAGCGGGAAACCCAAACCCCAUGUGCACUUCCUGAAGAACGGACGAAUGUAUGCCAAGAACCACGAGUUGCGUUUCACAGACCUGACGUUUGAUGAUUCAGGGAUGUAUCAGUGCAUCGCUGAGAACCGUCACGGCACGAUAUACGCCAACGCCGAGCUCAGGGUGUUCGCCGGCGCUCCUUCAUUUGAGUGGAACCCAGUGAAACCCAAACUUCUGGGGGCCAAAAACGGGCGCGUGGUGAUUGACUGCAAACCCCGAGCGGCGCCGCGGCCGAGCAUCUCCUGGAGCAAAGGAACCGAGCUCCUGCACAACUCCAGCAG